AUGUUCGUCGAAAACAAAAGAGUUCAGGUGUUGAUACCCAGAAACACCACCAUUCCGUCGUCAUUAUGUUCGUCGGAUUCGAUUGUGUUUCUUAAAGCUGAAAAUGGUGUUCUUUGUGUUGGGGUUCAAAGGGCAAAAAAGGAAACCAUAUUGAGAAAUUUAAUGGUGAAAGCUUCAACUCUCAUGGCUGGUAUGAUGACUCAAUGUGAUGAUACCUUGCCGGUUCUCUCUCUGCGCCUCGCCGGCUCCGCCCGCCGACCUGCUCCGCCUGCUACCUCUAAGUUGAGGUGA